CAUUUGAGGUUAUGGUUAUAUAUUUGGUGUUGUGACGUUAUGAUUUGGCUAAUGAGUAUUUUUAAAACAAAUAUGUUAAUUUUAUUAUUCGGUUUCCCGACAUAUCCAAAGUAUAUCACAGUCUAUUGAACGUUACAAUGCCGCCAGGUCCCAGAAGAAUAUCGCGAACAGUGCGCCCAGCUCCUAUGGUUCCACCUGUUAUAUCCAGCUUUGCUAAUGAGCCCUGUGGUCAGAGAUAUGCUCCUCUUGGUGCUGGAGUUCCAACACUCCCAGCCUUAGAACAACCAGCUGCUCCAAAGCACUUUCCAUUUCCGUCUACACCUGUUGAUAACGAUUUUUUUUUCGAAUGUCUCUUGUGGUUUUUUGCACUAGUGACAGCUGGAUUACAAUAUUUACACUUAUAUAGGACUGUCUGGUGGCUACCCCACUCGUAUACUAGACAGGCAUUGAAUUUUUAUUUAAUUGACCCAUACCCGGUUUUGUUCAUAACUGUGAUAUUAUCUCGAAGACUGGUUUAUAUGAUUGGGUGUAUAAUCCUGAACAAGAUUCUUCCAUUAAAGAUUCAAAAGUUGGCCCACUAUUAUUUGAGGAUCUUCCUAUUUUGUCUGUUGUUAUUCAGUUUGUCCUUCAGUACAUAUUUUGUGAUGCAGAAUCACCAGUUGGAAAAAAUGUUAUAUCUCUGGUACCCGUUUUUCAUGUAUUUCAUACCUUUUGGGUUCAACAUUCAUCCAUUUUUCGAACUGAUUAACUGGAGUUCUGCAACCCCUCCGCUUCAUGCAUGCAGCUCAGAACCUUCAGAGAUUCGAAAAGAAGUGACGAGUCUCAUAACAAAUUUCAAUUGUAGACUGAAGGAAAUACUUUUCUGUGCCAUAUUGAAUGCUUACUAUGCAGGAUUUAUUCCAUGCUGCUUUGCCCAGCCCACCCUUCAUUAUGACAUAUUAUGGUCUGCCCAACAUAUAAUAUUUAUCUUCAUAAGUAGUUUUAUAGCUUUGUCUAUGCAUAUCCUAUCGCUGCGAUAUUGCGAUAUUUUACAUCGAUCCGCUCUGCAUUUGGGAGCUUGGGAGAAGCUAGAAACUGGAAGGACCAUGCUUUUAGUUAAUAACACAUGGAAAGAGGACAUAUUAUGGCCUUACGGUGCCCUCGUUAGGUAUGGUAAAGACAUUUGGAGAGCUCAAGGGGACUGUAAUAGUAGUGAACCUGGAAACGUAGGUUUGAAAAGGUUCUAUUACAUAUUCAAGAAUCCUACCAACACUAUGGGAAUCAAUCUCCUUGUUUUGUCCUUCAUGGUUCUAGACCAAUUAAUUGUAUUGGCCAGUUGCACAUACUGGUACAAAAUUGUUUCUUUGACAUUUAUUCUAUUUUUCAACUACAAUAUAUUGUAUCAGUUAUUGAGAGAUUAUCUGGUGUGUCAUAAAAUUUACAAGGAAGAAAUCGACAUGCAUAAAAAAAUCAACAUGCGCUAGACGAUGGUUUAGUUUCUAACACUUUAAAUUAAAGUAAGCCAAAGAUUGUUUUAGAGUCUCAGAAUAUUAUUAUUUGAUUUUGACUGAACAAAAAUUGUUAUAAUUCAUCAUUAUGUAAAUUUAUAUUGUGCGAAUAAACGUAUUUAUGACUACCUA